AUGGAUGCAUCAAAAGACUCCCUCCAAGAAGCUGUUGAUAUCUACACCUCUCAGCUACAUCUCCCUCCAAAAGAGCGAAGGUCCAUACGCAGUAUAGCGGAAGAAAAAGGUGUUUGGCCUUCAUCCCUUUCCCUUCGUGUCCGCAAUGGAUAUACCACCCAAUCGACAGGUUCUACACAUCUUCAAGUCCUCACUCCUGGUGAAGAGCAUUCUCUCCAUGGGUACAUCAUCCGUAUGGGUGCUCUUGGCCACCCUCCUCCUCCCGGAACCGUCUUCGACCUAGCAGCAGAACUUCGAAUAAAGCGACUUAUUCGAGAAGGACAUGAUCGACAAUCUAUCGAGCGUCUUGGUAGUAAUUGGCCUGGGAAGUUCAAGAAGAGGUUCCCAGAUGUCUCUACUGUCCUCUCAAGAUCAGUGGAUCGCUCAAGGUUCGAUGGUACUGCUCCUGAACGAUUACUACCAUGGUUUAGAGAGCUGAAGCUUAUGAUGGAUCGACACAACUAUACUCCUGAUAAUAUAUACAAUAUGGACGAAUCUGGGUAUGCUAUAGGUACCAUAGGAUCCCACCCCGUCAUGGUAUCAAGGAAAUAUCACGAGAAAGGGAAGAGUACGAAGAAAAAGGAGGAGAAAUCACAGCCAGGGAGACAUGUCAUGAUGGCCACGGUCAAUCAGGACGUCUAG